AUGCGUUCCUUUGCAAUCCUUUCCCUAGCAGCUUCUUUGCUAGGAAGCGUCUCUGCUAGCCCUACUCUAAUUAGCCGUGCAACUUCAUUCAACCGCACUGUUGCUCCAUCUGGCGCAAUUGUCGUCGAUCAGACUGGCAAACUCAGCGGUUCAUACACCACAGUCCAAGCCGGUAUUGAUGCAUUAGACGCAGACACUACCGACAAUCAAUACCUUUUCAUAGCUCCCGGUACCUACUUUGAGCAAGUUUACCUCCCACCACUUGUAUCAAACCUUACGAUCCAAGGUUAUACCGAAGAUGCUCGUGAUUAUUCAGGUAACCAAGCAACCAUCACCUACAACCUUGCACUCAUCAACACCACCUCGGAUGAUUUAACCGCCACCUUCCGCGCCCACAACAACAAUACCAAGGUAUACAACUUGAUCAUCGAAAACACAUUCGGUCACAUCAACAGCAAUGGACAAAAUCUUGCUCUCUCUUCCUACGCCACCAACGUCGGAUUUUACGCAACUCAAUUCUGGGGAUACCAAGACACCGUUCUCGCAGAAUCCGGUUUCCAACUCUACUCCAAAUGUCUCAUUGUAGGAGCCAUUGAUUUCAUCUUUGGUGAGAAAGCACUCGCCUGGUUCGAAAAGAAUGAUAUCCGCACGAUUGGAAAAGGUUCCAUUACUGCCUCUGGACGUAAAUCCGCAGAUGUCAAUUCUUGGUAUGUUAUCAACAAUUCGAACAUUGCCAACCUCAACGAUACUCUUACACCAUACAUCAACUAUCUCGGAAGACCAUGGAGAGAUUUCGCCAGAGUUGUUUUCCAGAACAGUUACUUGGGAAACAACAUUGCCGCGGCUGGUUGGGAUGUAUGGAGUACUUCGACACCACAAACCGAUAACGUUACUUUUGCAGAAUUCAACAACUGGGGUCCAGGAAGUCAAUGGAUGGGAGGACUACCAAGAGCUAUUUUCGGCUCUCAGAUGAAUGGUGCUAUUGGCAUUACUGACGUCUUGGGUCCUGAUUUCUACAAUGAGUUUUACUAUGAUGCUACCUACAUGAUUUAA